AUGGCUGACCCCGCGAGCUCGGGUGACGACAGCUUCAACGAGCAUGGCAAAGGCCCCGCACAGGUAGCAAACGGUGAAGAUGUCUCCGCCAGUGAUAUUGGUGGCUCAGCCGCUCAACAAAUUCCUACUUCUGCAUCCUCGACCAUGAUCUCGACCUCGAGUCUGAUCAAGAGCGAAGGCCAACUGUCUGCGACUGAUAUGGAACCCGGCUUCCCAAUCCCGUCUAGUGCGGUUCCUACCAGCAUAGUGUCUGAAGCCAAGUCGGCGAUUCAAGGUCAAGAUGAAAGUCUUACUAUCUCCGGACAUCUAUCGGCCAGUAUAAGCUCGACCUUCACCUUCACCACCCCUCCGACAAGCAUCUCCUUUGAGAUGACUACUGAAUCGGCGAAGCCUACCCACGAACCCACCCCAGCCUCCAUCACACCCGCUCCUGCUCUACCGCUCCCCUCGGACGAUGCAGACAAGGACGCUCACAAGAUAUCUCCUGGCAUCAUCGCCGCCAUUGUCGUUCCCCUCCUUCUCCUGCUCAUGAUCUUCUCCUUCCUUGGUUACUGGCUACAUCGCCGCUCCAUCAACCAGCGCAAAGCCCGCGAGCUCGAGAAGCGCGCUGAAUGGCUCGACCCAGAAUACAUCGAGCUGGUGAGGAGGGAGCUGCUGGGUCUCGAUCCUGACAAGACAUCUUACCCGUCCUCGGCCGCGGACGGCACAAAAGGGCAAGACUUCAACGAGCUCGGCAUGGUAGGAGACAUGGCAUGGAGAUCUCGAGGCAGCUUCCGCCUCACCAGUCGCAACGUCCGUGUCAGCAGCAGGGGACUCCGUACGCGCACCACCGAGAACGGCAGUCCAGUGGCCUUGAACCGCAAGAACAUGGGCAGCAGCAUAACGCUGUCGGAAGGCGAAUGGUUCUCCAUCGACCCCUCCCUCGCCACGACCGACAACAACAUCCCGCCCCAGUCUGAAGCUCAAUCUCAGUCUCAGAAACCGCAUCGCCUCCCACCUCCCUUCUUCGACCCCCGCGGCUCCAGGCGCGAGUCGCAGAUCGGGCUCGCUAUUCCGCUGCCACGCUCGCUGUCAGUCUCGCGGCCCUACUCGACAGCCGGCUACGGCACCACCGGCGGCUUGUUGACGGGCGAUGGCUACGAGGCGCUCUGGCUGGCGAGACGAGCCCGCCGCUCGCGCUCGCCGCUGCCACUGCCGAGAAUGCCGCUGCAGGGACCUGACGAUGAGGAUGACGACGUAAAGGAAACUUAUCUCACCGCUAUUACGAGCGGCAGUCAGGAGAGCACACAGGUUGGCUCCGGCAGCGCAAGCUUGAGGAGCGACGACAAGCUCAAUCCUAAGCCUGUAUCAGGUGGCCAUGCAAGCAGCUCCGACACCUUAUCGACCGCUCUUGCACUUGCUUCGUCAGAGACUCAGCAGCAGCCUCACAGCCAGACACGCUCCGCCACCACUGGUGUCAACAACACGACUACUAGUACGAUGACUACUACUUCCCGCUCUGCCGCCGCCGCCGCCGCCACCACCACCACCAUGGCUGACGACGCGGAACAGAAGCGCAAUGAAGCGACGCGCGUCUCGUCUCCCGGCGCCAAGACGUCCGGACGGCGCUGGAAGGUCUUUCGUGGUCGGCGCGAGGUCGUGGCUGGCGGCCGUCAGGAGGGGGCGGGCAAUGACGAGGUUGUUAGGGAUGUUUUGAGGGAGAGAUUGGCGGGCGUGAAGGGCAUGUUUGGCGGUCACUGA